AUGGGCAACUCAACUCUCGAAUCGGCCAAAGACACCACUGCCGGAGCGGCAGGAGGAGUCGCUCAGGUUUUGAUAGAUCUUGUGAAGGUGCGACUUCAAACACAAGGAGGAGGUAAUGCUCUUGGGCUUGCUCGUACAAUCUGGGCCCGUGAAGGGCCACUGGCCUUUUACAAGGGAACUCUUGCACCUCUGAUAGGCGUCGGCGCUUGCGUCAGCAUUCAAUUCGGCGCCUUCCAAUUCUUCCGCCGGCAGCUUGAAGACUUCCGCGGGAUAACUCAGUCCAACGGCCUAUCGUUAUCUUUGUCCGACUUUUACCUCGUAGGCGGAGCAGCUGGUUUGACUAACAGCGUCAUAUCCGGUCCAAUCGAACACGUCCGUAUCAGACUGCAGACCCAGCCGAGCGGUGUGAACCGCCUGUACUCAGGCCCGUGGGAUUGCGUCCGUACCAUUAAGGGCCACUCAGGCGUCAAAGGUCUCUACCGAGGCCAAGUUGUCACUCUCCUCAGAGAGUUCCACGGAUAUGGCAUCUGGUUCGCAGCCUAUGAGGGUCUAGUACAUUUCGUGAUGGAGCGAGAUGGCAUCAAAGACAGAAAAGAAGUGCCAAGCUGGAAGAUUGCUAUCUGUGGAGGUCUUGCUGGUGAAGCACUUUGGCUCGGAAGUCACCCCCUGGACGUGAUUAAGAGUAAGAUGCAGAGCGACGGGUAUGGCAAGGAUCAGAAGUAUGCGAACAUGAGGGAUGCGUUCAAGCAGACGUGGAGGGAAGGCAAGUUCAGGGCGAUGUUUAGGGGUUUAGGCCCUGCUUUGCUCAGAGCGAUGCCGGUUUCUGCUGGCACGUUUGCAACUGCAGAGAUGGUGAGGUCUGCAUUAGGUUGA